ACCCAUCAAUCCACCCACUCCACGCUACCUUCCCUACCCNNGCCGCCACACCACUCGUCCUCUUCUUCGUCUCCAUAUCCUCGGCUGCCUUUGCCGAACUUCACACAGGCAAGACUUCACUCGACGGCCGCCCAAUCCCGACCACAGCAGCACUCGACUCCGUCCGCUUCCUUGCACGCCGCGUUGAGGGAAGGUACCGACUUUCUACCACGACCUUCCAUUGUCCCACGACUACCACCGCUUUCUCGUGUCAACCCUGCUUCCAACCAGCAAUCCAGCUUUGGCUACAUCCCCAACCACUUCUUCUAUUCACCACCUCAAUCGCCUCAAGAUUCUGAUCCGCCACACCAUACCACCACCACAAAUCCCAUACUCCAACCUACCGCCUCCUCGUCUGUCCACUCCUUCGCAGGCCCAUCCUUCACAAACCACUCUGUCGGUCCCUCUAUUGCCAACCCGCUUGCACAUCCUCAACCUAUCAAUCAUCCGACCCCACGAUUCGACAUGGAGCGUAUGGCUGGUGCUUUCAGGAGUGAACAGUCGCAAUCACAUCACCAGAGCCCUGCCCAUUCACAGCACGUGAAAGAGGAAAGUCCAAACACAAUGCCUGCUUCAACAUCUACCACCGCCACUUCUCGCAAACGUGCCCGUCCCUCUGAUCCAGGAUCGCCGCCAUCCGCGACUAAGCGUCGCCUACAUCAUCCUCUUGCACCGAUAGAGCUGGAUGAUACAGAUGAAGAUGAAAUCGAAGAGCUGGGUCCUGACAAUGAUAUACUUGCAAAAGAGCGUGAGGCGUUGGUCACCAAACAACGUGAGGAGAGUAACAAGGUCAGCAGAAUCGGAGAAUUAAACUGCAUGAUUUGUCUGGAGCACUUUACCAAUAUGACUGCUACGCAUUGUGGCCACAUCUUCUGCCACGAAUGUUUGACUCAGGCCUUAGCAGCAAGCCAACGCAACUCAGACCAUAAUUACGGCACAUGUCCAGCAUGCCGUAAACCUAUCAAGCCAAAGGGCAAGACACAAAUCGUCCCGCUAACCUUGAUGAAAGCAAGAAAGAAG